AUGGCUGGUUCAUCUGAGACUACAUUGUUUACUGACCAAUCAACAUCUGUGAUCACGCUGAAUGUGAAACCAGGUCAUAAUUUGAUCCUUGAUCUCACUGCCUCAUGCUACAACGAAGCCCUACGACCGAUGAUUGGGUGUUUUCAUUUCUCACCCCUAGCUCAAGCCUUGACCAUGGAAAAAUCCAUCCCUCUCAUCCAUCUUUUAAAGGCAUUAUCCACUACAUCUUAUGUUCCUUCUAAUGACGCUGUUAAUUUUGAGGUUGAUUCUCAAAAAAUCGCCAUUACAAAGGCUCAAUUCUGCAGAAUGUUAGGGAUUGGUGGUUCUGAGGGCCUGGUUGAUCCUGAUUCUAUUUCUUCGGUUGAUCUCAUUCACAUGUUUGAUCAAAUGGGCUAUAAUGAUGAUCUUACACUCCUAUCCAAGUUCAAAUAUUGUAACCUUCCUCCUAUGUGGAAUGAUCUUUUCACCUUUUUGUGCAAAAGGUUCUCUGAACGCGUUCCCAGCUCCGACAGUGCAAGUAAGCUCUUUACCAGCAUUAUUUAUGGCUUGUAUCACAGUAUCAACUUGGAUUACAUUUGUAUUAUUUGGGCAAAGCAUACUCAAAGCAACUCUUCUACCACUAGCAACACAAAAUUUUCCUGUGCUUGGUUUAAGUCCAUUAUCAUCAAAAGAUCCCUAGUUCACUAUGACGUUUCUUUUGCUGACGAUGUUGUUAUUGCGAUUUCAAUCCUACAGACGUCAACAUUUAUGUUGUAUGAUCCUACUAAGUUCAGUUUAAUUGGAUCGAUUCCACAAGUCAUUCUUGCAAAAGUGCCUCAAGACAAUGUUAUAGUCAAUACAUAUCGAAAGUUGCCUUCAUCAGGUCCUCGUCUAAUGACUGAUGAAAUGCGAAUGAAACUUGAAGAGGCUAACAAACUGCAAAAAAGAGCAAAGUGA